GGUAGAAUAGCUGCGGGUGGGAGGAGUCUUGGAGGGGCCGAGCAGGGUGGGACACUCUUUAGCCCGAGACGGUUGUGAGCCGCUGUUCUGGAGAGGUCCGCGGCUUUUUGCAGGCUCGGCUGCUGUCUUCUCACCUGAAGGCAGAACUCCCGCUAAGUCAGUACGUGCUGGGGAAAGAUGAAUUCGACCUGGUCGGCAAGUCCAGCCAGUGAUGCUGAGGUCGGAGCCCGGAUGAUAGCUGCGAGCUCCAAGGUCGCUGGGCCGCCCCAGCGUGAUGGACUUUUGAUAGUGAAAGUGGAGGAAGAUUCACUCGGAGGUCGAGAGUGGGACCCGCCCAGACACAGUCAGGAUCCCGAAAUUUCUCGACAGCAUUUUAGGCGGUUCCGUUACCAGGAGGUGGCUGGCCCGGAAGAGGCGCUCAGCCGGCUCAGGGAACUUUGUCGUCGGUGGCUGAGGCCUGAGGUGCGCUCGAAGGAGCAGAUCCUGGACCUGUUGGUGCUGGAGCAAUUCCUGACCAUCCUGCCCCAGGAGCUGCAGGCCUGGGUGCGGAAACACUGCCCGGGCAGUGGGGAGGAGGCUGCCGCCGCGGUGAGCGCUCUUCAGAGAGCGCUUGGUGGGACCUCCCCGCAGGGGUUGGUGGGAGUCAAGGAUGUGGCGGUGUCUCUAACCUGGGAGGAAUGGGAACGUCUGGACCCUGCUCAGAGGGACUUCUGCAGGGAGAGCGCGCCAAAGGACUGUGGGAACGCAGUGUCACGGAGUUUGGAAACCAGAACUGAGAACAAAGAGUUCAUUACAAAGCAAGAAAUUUUAGAAGUAGAGCCAUGGGGGCAGCUACAAGAGGGGCCCCAAAGGAAGGCUCCCCUAUUUUCUGAGCAUGGUGAAGCCAGUGAGGACAGGGUAGAGAAGCAGCCAGGAAAGGUCUCACCGCUGAAACUUGAAGAUUCUCCUGAAGAGCAAGGACUCACCAGCAUCUCAGAUCCCAAGAAUGGUCCCACAAAAGAGGGAGCCUCCAAAAAUAAUGAACUUGAGGAUCGUGCCAGAGGUUCCAACCUUUGUCGGCAUUUCCAGAUAGCAGAGAGGCCCAUUAAUGGGAAUGGUUGCACUCAGGGUUCAGAAAUGGCAAAACAUCAAGUGGCGAAACCUCACAAAUUUGUUGACCGUGAGGAAAAUGUCCAUGGUUCAGUUCUGUUUGAGACCCAGAGGUGGUUCCGUGAAGAAAGGCCUUAUAAAUGUGAUAACUGUGAGAAGAGUUUCAAACAGCGUUCUGACCUUUCUAAACACCAGAGAACCCACACUGGGGAGAAGCCCUAUGAGUGCCAAGCGUGUGGGAAGAGCUUCAGUCAGAGUGCUGCUCUGAUUAAACACCAGAGGACACAUACAGGUGAAAAGCCAUAUACCUGCCCCAAAUGUGGGGAUAGCUUCGGACAGAGCUCACACCUCAAUCGGCACCAGAGAAUCCACAUAGGAGAGAAACACUAUAUAUGUAACAAAUGUGGGGAAACCUGCCAUAUUUCUAACCGUUUUAGACAUCAGAGAAUACAUAAAGGGGAGAAGUGCUAUACAUGUGAAGAAUGUGAGAAGAGCUUCAAAUGGUGCUCUGAUCUCUAUAAACACCAGAGAAUCCACACUGGGGAGAGGCCUUAUGGAUGUUCUGUCUGUGGGAAACGCUUCAGUCAGAGUGUAACCCUCACUAUCCACCAGAGGACUCACACUGGAGAAAAACCUUAUAAAUGUCAUGAAUGUGGAGAAAGCUUUAGACAAAGUCCACACCUUACCCGACACCAAAGAAUCCAUAGGAAUAAAGUCUCAUCAUUUUGACA